AAUUUUUAAACAUGGAGCCGCAGACUUAUAUCAUUGCGAGAAGUAUCAGCGAGGUUAAUGAUGUCUCCGCUUGCAACCAUGAAGCGCUGUGAGAAAGCACAGGGGAAGAAAGUAACAGUAGCGUUGAACUUACGGAAAUCCUUAAAUAACACAUUUCUUCUAACCAUUUUAUCUAAAAUAUUUACUGACUCAGUUAUUGAUUCUCUAUGGAUGACCUCACUUUCCCCUCUAAUGGAAGAGUCUCAGGAAAUACUUGAGAAUGAGAUAAACACUUGGCUUUCUCAGUUAGAAACUAUCUACCCUGAAACAACUAGAAGGAUCGCUUUCAAGAGACCAGACUAUGAUGAAGCAAAAUUUUAUACCUUUAAAUACGAGCUUGAAGCUGGUAAAAUAAUGGUGAAAGAUAUUGCUGAUGGGCUUAAGAAUGACUUCAAGCUCGAGCACUCUUUUCUAAACAGUAUUAAUCAAAGUUUAAUCAAGUUGCUUAAUAACAAAGGCGAUUUAUCAUGAAUUUUUCCAGGAAUUAAUAACUCUACUGAAAAAUCUCUAAGCCCGAAAAUUUCAGAGUCUUCUGAUGAGCCUAAUGAAGCUGCUCCAACUCUUAAGGAAAGGCUUGAGCAAGAGGAAGAAAAGGUGCCUUAUUUCAGCAAUCUUAAUAGAAAGCAUUCAUCUGAAUUCUCGCAAUUCAGUAGCAGUAGUAGCAGUAGCGAGAGUGACGAUGACCUCAUGAGCACUGACCUUCUCUUCCAAUUAGAAAAUGAGAAAAACCCAAGUAACAAGAAGGAAACCAAAAAUCACCUCAAGAAGUUAUGCAAGACUGAUCCAAUCCUGAAAAAUUUUGUUCUAGAUCUGGAAACACUCAUGCGGGAAAAUUACAUCCAAAAGGUGCGAGAAGCUGACUUCUACCGUAAAGGGUACAGGAAAUUACAGGAGCAGAGGAACACUUACAAAAAGAAAGUCGAAAUUUCUAAUGGUCUGCUUAAGCAGACCAUUAGACAUUAUCAAGAUCUUUGACAAGUCAAUUCUGCUAAAUCUUUCUGCGACCAAAACACACAAACAUCAGAGCUUGUGGAAGAGUCAGAAGUUCACAAGGAUAAACCAAAGAAGCGUAAGAAGAGAAAGAAUAAAAAGAAAGGACAGGAUUCAUCUGACCCGAAUUCCAAAGGAAUCCAAGCUCUCAUCGGUGAUGAUUGUGAUUGCCGAACAAUCUUUGCAAUUCUUGAGCAGAGUUAUGAAGACUUUAUCGAAGAAGAUGGGGAAGAAAUCUUUGAUUGAUAAAUCUAAACCCCUAUCUUCAUUCUACAAAACCCUUA